AUGAUUCGACGUGAGAACCGACUUCGUCGCGAGUAUAUCUUUAGAAAAUCGAUAGAAGAAAAACAAAAGACGCUGGAAGAAAAGCGAGAGAAGAUUCGUGAUGCGCUGGAGAAUAACUCGUAAGUUUUCACAUUAUUUUUACAAUUAUUGAUGUUAUUAAAUUUUUAGAAAAAUUGAUUACAAUCUCCGCAAGGAUGCGAUCGAACUGGCAAAAGGUUCGGAUUGGGGCGGUCAGGAGCACGAAGUGGACAACGAGUACCGAUGGGCCGGCGCUCAGGACCCGAAGAUUGUGAUCACAACGAGCAGAGAUCCGUCAAGUCGGCUGAAAAUGUUUUCGAAAGAAAUGAAACUCAUCUUCCCGAACAGUCAACGCAUCAACAGAGGCCACUACGAUGUGAAGCAAGUUGUGCAAGCAUGCAAGGCUCAGGACUCGACGGAUCUGAUCAUUCUGACGGAGACACGUGGAAAUCCGGACGGUAUGAUUGUCUGCCACCUACCGUUCGGUCCCACCGCUUUCUUCUCAAUGGCCAACGUUGUUAUGAGACACGACAUUCCGAACUGCGGAACUAUGAGUGAACAGUAUCCUCAUCUGAUCUUCGACAAUCUGAAUAGCAAGCUCGGCCUCCGAUUCACCACCAUUCUGAAGCAUCUCUUUCCUGUCCCGAAGCCGGAUUCGAAAAGAGUUAUGACAUUUUCGAAUGCAGACGAUUUUAUCAGUUUCCGCCAUCACGUGUUCAAAAUCGAAGCUGACGGAGAAACUGAAUUGACUGAAGUGGGACCGCGAUUCGAAUUGAAACGUGAGAAAAUGCGCUUUUUUUUGAAAACCAUUAGUUUUCUUUCAGCUUAUCAAAUCAAGCUGGGAACUCUUGAGAAUUUGGCGGCUGCCGACGACGAAUGGGUGCUCCGAUCAUACACGAAUACCGCCCGGAAGAGGACGUUCCUUAGUGUGCCACGUACCGACGACGAAUGA